AUGUCCUCACCGGUACUUGACACCCCUCCUGAUGCGGUCCGCCAGCCGGGCUCGUCGGCGAAGAACUUCCUCAGGGUGCUCGCGAAGCCUUUGGAGCCUGAUAUAGACAUUGUUGCAGUACACGGACUUGACCCCCUUGGAGGAAAGUCGCAUGCAGAAGCUACCUGGACCGCUGGGAAAUCACUGUGGCUGCGCGACUUUCUCCCAGAGCGGCUUCCCAAAGCCCGAAUUCUGUUGUUCGACUACAACGCGAAUGUGGCUUUCCAGACUUCGACCGCAGGUGUCCUGGAGCAAGCCGCGAGCCUGCUGAACCAGCUUGCAAUUGCCCGUGAUGGCCAAAAGGACCGGCGACUGAUCUUUAUAUGUCACAGUCUUGGUGGCAUAGUGGUAAAGAGAGCAUUGAUCAAUGCAAAGCAGGCCGAGAGUUACAAAAGCAUUGUGAACAGCACAUACGGCAUCAUUUUCUUCGGUACGCCGCAUCAAGGCGGAAAUAACGCCAAGAUUGGGGAUGUAAUUGCCGGAUCCGUGCGAAAACUGGGCAGAAGGCCGAAGAAUAGUUUCAUGAGUGCACUCAAAUUGGAUUCUUGGUUCGCCAAAUCUAUCACAGAUGACUUCCGCCAGUUUCUUGAAGACUUCCAAUUUCUGAGCUUCUACGAAACAAAACCUUUGGGGGUGCUCGGAAUGGUCGUGGAUCCGAAAGCCGCUGUUCUCGGUCUUUCGGGAGACCGCGAGAAGCAGAUACCGCUGGACGCUAAUCACAGCAGCAUGUGCAAAUUUGAAAGUGCUACCGACCCCAUUUACCAACAUGUUGAAGAUAAUAUUGCGAAUAUGGUCAAGCAUGCCUUACAGAAUGCUAUCGAUCGUUCUAAAAGGCCCGUUCCAGCGUCAAACGGAAACCAGAAGUUCACAAAGGGGAAUCGCGACGACACUGAGCAAAUUGGACGGGCGAACGAUUCCAGAACAGAAGGAGACGGCAACAAAACCCGUCAAUUUGGCGAUGAAAACAGGAGUACAACAUCUGGCAAUGAGAACAAGACCUUCCAAUGGGCUGCGGACCCGGCUGAAGUCAAGGAACACAUGAACAAGUACUUUGAGAGGAAGGGCUGA